GUGCGAGAAGUGAGUGAACUCGCGUGAAUUACAGAAAACCACUCACUGGUCGUCUGCAUCGUUCAUCGUAGUUUUGUUAUGUUUAUAUUUUCAGAGGUUCGCACAUUGAAUAAUGUUUUUCAAUUAUACUAAAAGUAAAGUUCAGUCUAUAUAGAAUUAAAUUAUUUUACUAGACAAAUUGAAAAAAGGAGAAUUAUUUGUUAUUCUUUUAUUCCAAUGAAUACGUCCACAUUGUCUAAUGUACGCAAUUUUUUAUACAAAAUUACAUGUUGAUAAUCUAUUGCAACAAUUAUUUUUGGAAUGCAAUUAAUUAUAUAUCUUCACAAGUUCCUUAAAACUCAUUCUCUGAAGAAAGUAAAUUUCUGUACCCAAAUGCCUAAGGAUACAUUUCAGAUGAACAAGCUAAUAGCAAUGCGUCAAAAGAGAAAAUUGAAAAUGCUGCAACUUGCUAAUUCUAACGUAAGAAUAAAAAUUCUAGGAAGCGGAGCACAUGGAGCACCAAGGUCGAUAUUUGUUUCUACCGACCACAUGAAUUAUAUAUUUAAUUGUGGAGAAGGAACACAGCGACUAGCCCAUGAGCAUCAUUGUAAAUUAACUAAAUUAGGUAAUAUAUUUGUGACGAGAGCUUCUUGGACAAACACUGGAGGGAUCAUAGGAAUGCUUUUAACGAUGCAAGAAUGUGGUUUGCCUGAAGUAAAUAUUUUUAGUCCACACGGAGUACAACAAUUAGUAGGUGCGGUCAAACCAUUCGUUACCUUACAAAACUUACAAAUUUUGUAUGCUUCCAUGAACGAAUCAGAACCCUACAAAGAUAAUGUCAUGACUGUCUGGUUUGUUCCUAUAACAAUGGCAUCACCAAAUAGCAAUGGAAGCUCCUCAAAGUUAGCUACUGAAACUCAAUAUUCUGUAAAUACAAGUGGGAAAAGAGUUAUCAAUGAGACGGCAGAAGCAGGUGGAAAUUAUGUAAAAGGGAAGAAAUCAAAGGUCAAUGUAGAUGUAAUGUGUUACAUUUGUAAAGUUCAUCCCAAACGUGGGAAACUAUCGGUAGAGAAAUGUAUAGAUGUUGGUCUAGAACCUGGUCCAUUGUUCAAAUUAUUAAAGGAUGGAGAAAGUGUUGCAACAAAAAGUGGAAAAGUUAUUAAUAGUAAGGAUGUUUGUACGCCAGAUGGUCCCAAAUGUACCUUUGCAGUUAUAGAAUGUCCUGAAGAAGGGUAUUUAGAUUCACUUACCAACCACACUAGCUUUUCAAAAUAUAUGCAGCCAACAUCAACACAGGAACAAGAAGAAGAAGAAGAGUACUUUUAUAUGUUUCAUUUUACCCCUGAAAAAAUUUUGAAUCAUCCGCAAUAUGAAAAAUGGAUGGACAGCUUUCCACCGAAUACGCAACAUAUAAUUUUAAAUGGCGAGAACAAAUGCAUGGGUAGCGAAGCUGUUUUUAAAAACCAGUAUUUAUUGCAUAUCCUGCAUCGUGAAAUAUUUCCAUUGUUAAACGAAGAUUGUUUCAAAAAAGACAAAGAAACCAAGAAUCCUAAUAUUUAUCGUGCAAGAACAAUGCAAGAAUUUCAAUUACAACCAUUUAUAAAACAUACUACAGACAAUCAAAUUUACCCAAAACCAAAAGAGUAUAUCGAAGAAGUUUUUGAAAUCAAUGAAUUUGGAGAUGCUUUGGUGACACUGGAACAAAAUAUUAAUAAAAAAACAGCAGAACUUGCCUUAACAGACAAAUCCGAGUACCCACGAAUUCUUAUGUUAGGUACUGGUUCUAGUGUACCAAAUAAAAUUAGAAAUACAAGUGGUAUUCUUCUGAGAAUCGAUGAGACAAAUAGCAUCGUAUUGGAUUGCGGUGAAGGUACACUUGGUCAAUUGAUUAGGUUUUUUGGAAAAUCGAAUGUUGGUAGCAUUUUACGUACUAUUAAGGCUGUUUAUAUAUCACAUAUACACGCGGAUCACCACUUAGGUGUCAUUGGUUUAUUACAAGAAAGAAAAAAAUACACAAAUGAUCGUCUAUUUUUACUAGGACCUUGUCUACUUAUAACAUGGUUGAACAUUUACGAUACUGAAUAUGAACGAAUUUCAUAUUUGUUCACAUUUGUGGAUAAUGGUGAUUUAUACACAAAAAAUCAUAAAUUGCCUCAAUCACUUGAGAAUGUGCUUUAUGGGAUAUUAAACGUUAAAGAUAUAAGUACCACUUGCGUUAAACACUGUAAAUUUGCAUACGGUGUUGCCAUUACACUUAAAGAUGGCACAAAAAUUGUUUACAGUGGCGAUACCAUGCCUUCUAGCAACCUUAUAGAUUUAGGUAAUAAUUGCGAUCUAUUAAUUCACGAAGCUACAAUGGAUGAUACACUUGUGGAGUUAGCUAGAUUGAAAUUUCACUCGACAAUUUCUGAAGCGAUAAAUGUUGGACGAUCGAUGAAUGCAAAAUUCACCUUACUGACUCAUUUUAGCCAACGUUAUUCUAAGAUUACCAUGAUUUCGGAGGAAGAAAAUGUCGGCCUGUCUUAUGAUUUCAUGUAUAUUUCAUUGUCUCAAUUACCACUAUUGCCAUUUUUUUAUCCAUGCUUAAAACUCGUCUUUAAUGAAUAUUACAAAGCAUUAGAAACCCGUGUUACCGCCAGAAAGAUAAAAAUUGCAUGAAAUGUUGUACUAUUCAAAUAAUAUUACUUUGUUAAUUAAUAACAAAUUUUAAUUUAUUUAGAUCCAAAAAUUAUACUUUUUAUAAUGUGA